AUGGAGGCUUCAGUGAGUUAUUCAGAGAGCAUGGAUGAUGAGUAUGAGAAAUUAAUCAGGAGAAUGCACCCUCCAAGAGUGGUCAUUGAUAACGAUUCUUGCAAAAACGCAACUGUCAUUCAAGUGGACAGUGCCAACAAACAAGGCAUCCUUCUUGAAGUGGUUCAAGUCCUCACAGAUCUCAAUCUUGUGGUCACCAAAGCUUACAUCUGCUCUGAUGGAGGAUGGUUCAUGGAUGUGUUCAACGUUACAGACCAAGACGGAAACAAAAUUACCGACGAGGGCAUUCUUGAUUAUAUUCAAAAGUCGUUGGGGCCCGAUUCGUGCUUCGCCUCGUCAAUGCGGAGGUCAGUGGGGCUCACGGCCGGCGAGGACCACACGUCGAUCGAGCUGAUUGGGGCCGACCGUCCGGGGCUUCUAUCUGAGGUGAGCGCUGUGCUGACCCACCUCAAGUGCAACGUGGUGAGUGCCGAAGUGUGGACCCACAACACACGGGCUGCUGCCGUGAUGUGUGUUACGGACGAGGGGGAGUCUGGUGGGCCGAUCCACGACCCGGACAGACUGGCUACCAUACGCCGCCUCCUUUGCAACGUGCUCAAAGGCAGCAGCAACAAAUCGAGGGAUGCGAAGACGGCCGUCUCGUGUGGGGCCACCCAUGCUGAGCGGCGCCUCCACCAGAUGAUGUUUGAAGACCGGGAUUAUGAGAGGGCAGCAGAUGAGGAUGAUGAUGAUGAUGAUGGGGACAAGCCGAGAGUGAACGUUGUUAAUUGGCAGGAUAAGGAUUACUCCGUGGUCACGAUUAGGUGCAAGGAUCGGCCAAAACUUUUGUUCGACAUUAUUUGCACGUUGACUGAUAUGCAGUACGUGGUCUUUCACGGGAAUGUGGAUACCGAUGGCCCGCAGGCUUAUCAGGAAUACUGCAUAAGGCAUAUUGACGGGUCUUCAGUGAAGUCGGAUGCCGAGAGGCAAAGGGUGAUUCAGUGUCUUGAAGCUGCCAUACAAAGACGAGUAUCUGAGGGCUUGAAGCUAGAACUAUGCACGACAGAUAGAGUUGGUCUUUUAUCCGACGUGACAAGAAUCUUUCGCGAAAACAGCUUAACUGUAACUCGAGCCGAGGUUUCAACAAGAGCCGGCAAAGCAGUGAACACAUUCUACGUGCGUGAUGCUUCGGGAUAUCCGGUGGACCCCAAAAUCAUCGACUCCAUUCGGCAAACGAUAGGCCAAACCAUACUACGGGUCAAAGGGUCACCCGAGGAGUCGAACCAAGCCCCUCAAGAAUCUCCCACCAGGUUUCUGUUUGGUGGCCUUUUCAAGUCGAGGUCUUUCUGUAAUUUCGGCUCGGUUAGGUCGUAUUCUUGA